AUGAAGUCCCGUGGUGUGUUCCAGACGUUUCUUGUAGCGGCCAUGCUUGGCAUUGAGUCCUGUAUCACCAUGGAGAUGAUCGUCAUGAUAGCUAACGUCCAGACUUUGGGCGUUCCCGUCCGUUAUUCCUCUCUUUCUGGAAUCGUUGGUGCUGUGUGCAGUCUGCUGUUUAUUCCCACGGUUGGAUAUUUCAUAGACAAACUCGCAGUAUCGAUACUGUUCAAGGCGAAACUUCUGAUCGGCUCCGUGUGUUUACAGCUGACUGGCACGCUAGUAGUCCUUACAGCGAACUGUCUCAAGCUGUUUGUAUACGCUGAUGACAACAAAGAAGUAUCACAAAGAAAUGCGUUCAUCACAAAGACAACGCAUUAUCCUGAGCUGAAUUCAUUGUCAUAUAUAAAUCAAUCAACAUAUUCAUCAAAUUUAACAGAACGGGAGGGUUUUGGAUAUGCCUCUAGAUAUGAGCCUGAUAAUGAAGAGAUACAUUUUUAUGCGAUACUUGCUAUGAUUGGGUACAGCCUUAAUGACUGUGGGUACGCACCAAGCAAUUGUUUCUUAAGGACUUUUGCCCUUGCUUCCACGCCUAUUGAAGAACAUGAAAGCGUUUUAGUGAAAGCAAUUUUUUUGUCAUCUCUUGGUGGAUGUUUAGUUGCUGUAUUAGGGUCUGUUGGGGUAGGAACCAUACUGACCGCUGGAACUUCUAUGGACGUUAGUGCUGCCCAGACUGCUAUUCUCUCAGGUUUGUGUGUGGUGUUGGUGGCUCUAGGACUGACCACUACGCUGACCACUGGAUUUUGUUGCAAGCCCUCUAGGAGAAUGUCGUAUAAAGAAAUUAUUAGUGUGACUGUUUGUCCUGGGGACAAGGCACGGUCUGGCGUCUGCGGACACCUACACCGUCAGAGAAAACAGAUGGUCGUCUGCUUGUCCAGUUGCUUGCUGAUCAGUUCCCUCACUUCGUAUGAGAUCUACUUCAGCAACUUUAUUGGUGAAGGUAUACUUGGAGGCGACCCCCAAGCUGACACAAGUAGCCUGCAGUACAAAAACUAUGUGAGGGGGAUUGAGCUAGGAUCCAGUGGGACUUUGAUUUAUUACAUCUCUUACACUAUCUGUAAUGUUUUACAGGAAUUUUUGCUCCGUAAAAUUGGCUGGAAAAUGGAAAUGUUAAUAGCUUCUUUGGGGAAUAUCGUCGUGAACAUCGUGUGCGCUUUAACAGCAGAGGUGUGGUGUGUUUACAUGAUGGCUGUGUGGAGUGGGUUCUUCAAAACUGUCGUCUAUACCGUGCCUUACAUUCUUGCUUGUCAGAUAGCUGUUGAGCAGACCCCAGACAAGAGUACAGGGGCGGCGAUAUCAGGGGUCGCCUCCAUGUUGCCCACUGGCUACAUGAUCUGCCUAGGGAUUGUGGCGCCCCUGAUUGACGUCACGGGAAACUCGGCCACUUCAAUCUACUACACGAUCGUCACGUCUCUACUGGGUCUGGUGGCGAUGGGUCUACUACAGCUCGUCAGAUGA